AUGGAGCACGGUUGCAAAGAAACCAUAAUCGGGAACACAAACAAAGGCGAAUAUGACGCUGACGAAGCGUUGGUAGUCGCUCGUGUUAUUCAACAAAUACGUGAGGGUGUCAACGGUGGUAUCAAUGGGCAAGACGGAGUCUCGUUCAUUCAGCAAUACUAUCUGAAUAAAGGACUGAAGAUCUUCAAGGAGCGAGGUAAAGACGCGGCCAUGAAAGAACUUGACCAACUGAUCAAGCGCAGUUGCUGGACACCAAUCAGUAUUGAGAAACUAAAGCCGACCGAAAGAAAGAAGGCCGUAGAUGCAAUGAUGCUACUGGCCGAAAAGAAUGAUGGCGUGACAAUCAAAGGACGCUGUGUAUUCAAAGGUAACGAGACCCGGAAUUGGUUGUCUCGUGAGGACACUGCAAGUCCCACAGCUUUGCGGCGAAGCUAUUGUCUGCACGGGUGCAAUUGA